AGGCUCGUUACCCGACGAGCAAGAUUUUGAAGACUUUGUCGCCACCUUGACAAUCACUCCUUUACAUGCUGUUAUUGAGAAUGUUGUUCCAUUUUUUCGUCGUUCGACCGAUCCUGACUUGCUUACAAAGUUUCAGGUGAUGAUACGUCAAUGCGAACAAAAUUCGGCCUUCGAAAGUACUUUUAUGAGAGUUUGUGAUGCUUUGGAUAUGCUUCAGAGGGUGGAAAAAGCUUUGAGAUUUGAUAAACGUUUGAUGGAUGAGUAUUUACGUGCUAUGCAAUUUGACAAUGCCUCCGCUAGCCAUCAACAAGUAUGGAAUGGCUUGCAAAGAUUUUUGAACGAAGAAUGCGAUCCUAUCACGAAACGAGGAAUGGAAAGAGUUUUUGCCGAGCAAAAAGCUAGUGAUGAAUUUGGUCUAAGUGAUGAAGUUCUUGCAGUCGCUUAUUCCCUGAUUG